AUGUCGAACUUUACUAGUCUUGAAUUCGAAGUUCUUGAUAUCACUGGAAACAACUAUUUGGCUGGGGCAUUAGAUGCCGAAUUUUCCCUUAGUGCAAAGGGACUUGAAGGUACAAUCCUAGAAGGAAAUCAAGCCCAAAAUCAAGAUAAAGCGAAGGCUAUGAUAUUCCUUCAUCAUCACCUCCAUGGAGAUCACAAAAAUGAGUAUUUGACAGUGAAAGAUCCACAAGUCCUUUGGAACGACUUAAAGGAAAGGUAUGAUCACCAGAAAACUGUGAUUUUACCUAAAGCUCGUUAUGAAUGGGCACAUCUGAGAUUACAAGACUUUAAGUCUACACAAUAUCGUGAAAAGGGAUUCCAGAAGAAUUCCCAACUUAUAUCUUGUCUCCUUGUGGCUGAGCAAAACAAUGAGCUUUUGAUGAAAAAUCAUGGACUACGUCCAACUGGUUUUGCUCCAUUGACUGAACAGAACAACACUGGCCACGGAAAUGGCUACACUAGUGGUCGCGAUCGUGGUCGUGGUCGUGGACAUGGUCGUAGAGAUACACGUGGACGUGGAUAUGGUCAAAUUCGAGUUCGAGGAGUUUCUUUUAAGAACUCUAACUCUCACCGGAAGUGGGAAAAGAAAGAUGGUGACAAACAAGAAAAUGAAUGCUACCGAUGUGGAAGUAAAGACCAUUUGGCUCGUACGUGCCGUACACCAACACAUCUUGUUACCUUGUAUCAACAGUCAGUAAAACAAAAGGGAAAGAAUGUGGAAACAAACAUGGUGUACGAAGGUAGAGAGGAUGACUUUGAUUUCGGUGAUGCCACUCACCUUGACCUUUCCGAUUUUUUCAUUGACGAAGAGAAAAAGUGA